AUGGCACGCCCGAGCAGCUCUCCUCAAACCCCUCCAAGAGAAUGGGACGACGAUCUAUUCGAAGAGAAUCUGGCUCUGGCACCGAAAAAACCACGAGGGUAUAUCGGUCUGACAAAGUUUCUUCACGAAAAUAAGAACAACGUGACGGACGAAAUUUUGAUGGAGAGUAACCGCGUGAUAGGCUAUGCGUUUAACAAAGAGUUCCAGCGCUACUGCAUCUGUAACUCUGACGUGGUCCGUCAGUUUCGAAACCCUGAUACCAUUUUCAUUCUGGCGUUUGCCAUCAUCCUUCUCAACACAGACAUGUACAGCCCCAAUGUCAAGCCUGAGCGCAAGAUGAAGCUGGAGGACUUCAUCAAGAAUCUACGAGGGGUUGACGAUGGAGAGGACAUUCCUCGUGAGAUGCUGGUUGGGAUUUAUGAACGGAUCCAAAAGAAAGAGCUUAAGACCAAUGAGGACCAUGUGUCUCAGGUGCAGAAGGUGGAGAAACUCAUUGUGAGCAAGAAGACAAUGGGAUCGCUUCACCAUGGCCUUGGAUGUGUGCUGUCUCAGGCUCAUCGUAGGCUGGUGUGUUACUGCAGACUCUUUGAAGUUCCAGAUCCAAACAGGCUGCAAAAACUCGGGCAGCACCAGCGGGAAAUCUUCCUGUUCAAUGACCUCCUAGUGGUUACCAAGAUCUUCCAGAAGAAGAAAAACUCAGUGACUUACAGUUUUAGACAGUCUUUCUCUCUUCACGGGAUGCAAGUGAUGCUCUUUGAAAACCAGUUCUAUCCACAUGGUAUCCGGCUCACUUCAGCUAUUCCAGGAGCUGACAUUAAAGUCCUGAUCAAUUUCAACGCUCCCAACUCUCAGGACCGCAAGAAAUUUAUCAGUGACCUGCGAGAGUCCAUCGCUGAGGUCCAGGAAAUGGAGAAAUACCGGAUAGAGUCUGAACUGGAAAAGCAAAAGGGGGUGGUCAGACCCAGCAUGUCUCAGAGCAUGUCUGGCUUGAAGAAAGAGGCAGGAAAUGGGACCAUGAGCCGCACUAGUCUGGAUGACACCUAUGCCAUGGGGGAGGGGCUAAAGCGGAGCACGCUCAGUAGCUCCCUGCGUGACCUCUCUGAAGCAGGCGGGUGCCGCACCAGUGCAGGAUCUCUAGACAGCAAUAUGGAAGACUUCAUCAUUAGCAGUCCUCCAUUGGACCACAGAGAACCCCUCGCCGAGGAUCACCUAUUUCCUGACACACCCAGCACUUCAAACUCCUCCUUCCUCAUCGGGUCACCUUUCAGCAACAGACAGGUCAAGGAUUCGCUCAUGGGCUGUACUCCAAUGCUUCCUCGAGACCCCAGCCCCCCCACCCUCAUCUUCCAAACACCACACCCAUUUAACCUGCACCACACUGCCCAGCCCUCCGCCCACCGCUCGCAUCUGGGUCAGAUUCCCCAGAACCAUCCACCGUCCUGCCACUAUCCACCAGCACUCAACUCACGUGGCCUGCGUCUCUUCAGAUCUCACACACCACACAACCCCCGCUGGCCCCAGCACACAGUCCAGAACAGACAUCUGCAUGCGACCGGCAGACACUGCGGCAUCACCACGCUGGUGUGAGCUCAUUUCUCACUUAACAGAAAUGACGGGCUGAACUGAGCCAGAAGCCCACCCAACACCCAGCCAAAGCCCAGAGGAGCCACGCAUCUGCAAAAAAUGCAUCUCUCUUUUAUUUCCUAUUUCCUAUAUGGCUACAGGUAAAUGUCAUGUAAACAUCUCUGGGUCAUAUUUCAUCCCAAAAAAUUCCUGAUAAUUGCCCAGGAAUGAAAAAUCCACCCUUAACAUCCAUCAUUUUAGUCCAUUUUGUCACAGAACACAAGAGAUGUUGACGCUGUUCACUAUGUGUUUUUUAAAAGGAGGAAAAAUUUGUUAAAUUUAAAAAAAAAAAAUUUAUCAGUUCAAUUCAAUUUGUAUAGUAUUUUUGUUGCAAAGCGACUUUACAGAAAUAUUCACUUGAAGAAAAGGGAUGAUAUGAUCUGCAUUUUCAGAUCUUCAUAUUAUCUGGAGAUUCAACGCUGGCUGGACAUUUUUACAAACACACUAUCUGUAUCUAUAAAUAAAUGUACUUAACGUCAUUGCCUCUGUGGACAAAAUACUUGGCACUGCUGUAGAUUUCAACACAACAUAUUUAAACAGCAGAAAUGAGCAUGAAUAAGAAACUUAGUCCAGUGGAAAAAGACACAAAAUUAUUCCCAUUUUAUCAGUCAGGCACUUUAAUGAACAAUAAACUCAACUCAACUCUCAACUCAACUUUAUUUAUAUAGCGCUUUUACAAUUUUCAUUGUUACAAAGCAGCUGUACAUGAGACACAUUGACUACAAGCAAAACAAUCAAAGUUGUACCUGCAAAAACAAGAAAAGGUUGAAAACACAGAAGACAGACACACCCACACACAAAACACUCCACACACACAACACGCACACGCACCAACACACACAGACACACACACACACACACACACACACACACACGUACGUACACAGACAAGUACGCACACACACACACGCUCAGUGAGAGCACACAUUUAGGAUAAAGGAGAGAGAAGCACAGGUCAAAUAUAACAGAUAAUAAAUUCCUAUAUGCAAUAUUAAUUAAGUAAAACUUUAAGAUUCUAAAGCAGCCCCCCCGGUCAGGCAGAUAGUGCAAAAACAGUAUGCAAACGGUGGCGAGGAACCCAAAACUCUAAUCGAGAAAAAAAACCUCAGGAGAACCCAGGCCCAACCAGGGGAUUCCAGUUCCCCUCUGGCAAAAGCUGCUGCCUCUGCACAAGCUCCAGAGAACUUGCACAACAAGGCUAAAUAAAAUAAAUAAACUUAAUAAUAAAAUAAAUUAUAGUUUAAGAUUAUCAUUAAUAAUCUAAUAGCAUUUGAAGUUUUGUGGUGAAGACAUGUCAAGAGACCGCGUCCUUCUUUAUCCAGCUCUAUCAUCUCAGCUCUUGUCAGGUCCCCACUUCCCAUUCUCCGCUCUACCAUCAGGUCAGGCCAUGAACUGCAUCCUGCUCGCUGUGGUAACCUUGGAACAAUGAGACAAGACUGGCUGAGAGUAGAGUACUGUUCUGCACUCUUUGAUGCAACAAGUACAUCAGUUGUGUUUUUGGUUCCGGUUGAUCUAACUAAUGCAGCCUAAACCCUCAGAAGAUUUAUAUUAUUUAUAUUAUAAACGAAAACAACAACAAGAAAAAACUAUUUUGUAAGGGUGUGCUCAGUUUUUAAAGGUGCAAAGGUUUUUAAAAGGCCUCCUUUAAUUCUCAUUACUUUCUAAUAUUCUUAAAGUAGUUCACCUUCAAAAUGAAAAUUCUGUCAUCAUUUAUUCAACCUCUUGUCAUUUCAAACCUGUAUGACUUUCUGUAUGAUACAAAAGAAGAUAUUUUGAAAAAUGUUGGUAACAGAACAGCAAAGCCCCCCUUUGACUUCUAUUGUAACCAAUGCAAGUGAAUGGGGGGCUGUUAACAAGGCUGUUAACAAUAUUCUUCAAAAUAUCUUCCUUUGUGUUCUGUGGAAGAAAGAAAGUCACACAGUUUUGAAAAAUGAGUAAAUGAUGACAGAAUUUUUAUUUUGAAGGUGAACUACUCCUUUUGAAGUGAUCAUAACUAUUUUUGAUCAUUUCUACAUUUAGCUAACAAAUACAUCAAACUGUACAGGCCUACACAUUUUACAAAUCUAAAUAAUAUUGUUUUCUUUGCAUUACUAUAUUGAGAAAAAUUUGCUUUUUUGGCAUCACAACAUUAUCAGUCCAACAAUAAGUUUCUAUGCAAAAUACAAUGACUUUUGUUUUUUGGACUUUGGGGUGAAAUAUGAGCAGGGCAUGUUGCUGACAGGGUUCUUAUCCCUACCGAGAUCACAUUUAGCUCAAAUAAACCACAACAAAACGAGGGUUUGUUUGUAUUAGAACAUGCUUGUGGAGUAAAUGUGUUUUAAAGCGAAGUCUCAGCAAUCAUUAAUGAACGUGCCAAUGAUCAUCUCAUAUAUACUCAUCAGCUCUAUGCUCUGUGUAGUAUAUUAGUACAGUAGUGUAAUUGUAUCCAUUUUAGGCAAGAAGCGAUGUUAGAGAACACUGUAAAAAUGUAUUCAGAGUUUUAAGAACAAAAUCUUGGUCAGUCAAAGUCAAGGUCAGAUGUGAAGAAGAAUGUUACUAGAAAUGCUGAUCCUGGAGCACACUGACCUGCUGGAACAUGUACAGUGUAAGGUCAUUUGAAAUUGCUACAUAUCACACUAACCAGGAAAGACUUAGUUCAAGGAUGUGAGAUGUUAAAAAUAUACUUGCAUGCCUUCAACUGGAACUAAAACUUUUUCAGUGAAAACGAUAAAGUCAUAUUUGACAUUUUUUAUACUUUUCAGUCUUUUUUGGGGGGGUUAUGCACAAAACUAAUGAGGGCCAGUGACUGAAUUAUGUUUCUAUGUAUUUAAGGAUUAUUUUCCUUCUAAAGUGCAAUAUGUUUGUCAUGAUACCAUUAUUUCAUCGUAGUGGCUUAUGGUUUCUCAUAGGACCAUGGGACGUCAAAUUGAUUUGGGCUUUAACUGUGAUUAUCGAUGUUUUUGGUGUUUAUUUAUUACUGUAAAUAAAGCAGUGUGACCAUGGCAA